UGUCAGCGAAAUAUUUUGGUUUGGGAGAAAGGAUGGUGUAAUGUUUUCGCUUGAAUAAUUAGAUUUUUCCACAAUGGAUUCUUAUGAUUCUGAUCCAGAUAGUGGCGAUAAAUGUAAUCUGAACGGUGAUUGUUCCCCUUUACCGGAUAAGUUACCAAACGACUUAAACCACACCAAAAAUAUUGAUGACAUAGCUACGCCUUCUGAACUUAAUUUCGAUCAGGAGUUUGCAUUUGAGGACCCUGAAAUAACGGAGAAGAAGAAAGAAAUAGAAGCAUGUUUAGAAAAUCCAGAUGUUAUUAAUGUUGAUCAAUGGGAGACCUUUGCAAAGACGAAAGCGGGAUUAAUAUCUGAUGAGUAUAGAAGAAAAAUUUGGCCAUUACUCGUUGGUGUCACACAGGAUGAGUUAACUGAACCACCAUCAUUAGAUGAGCUCUCUACACAUCCUGAAUAUAAUCAGGUUGUACUAGAUGUAAAUAGGUCAUUGAAAAGGUUUCCCCCAGGUAUUCCAUAUGAACAAAGAGUAGCCUUGCAGGACCAACUUACUGUACUCAUUUUAAGGGUUAUCAUAAAGCACCCACAUUUGAAAUAUUAUCAGGGCUACCACGAUGUGGCAAUAACACUUCUUCUAGUGUGUGGUGACAGAGCGUCAUUUCCCUUGCUAUGUCGUCUGUCUUACGGCCCAAAGGCACCCCUGGCUCCAUUCAUGCAACUAACAAUGCAACCCACCCAGCAUUUACUCAAUUAUAUGCUCCCUGUCAUAAGGCGAGCUGAUGAUAGACUGGCUGAAUGCUUGGAUAAGUCCGGUGUAGGUACAAUGUUUGCGCUUCCCUGGUACCUUACGUGGUUCGGUCACAGCCUUAACCGAUACAGUGAUGUAGUAAGGCUAUACGACUACUUCCUGUGUGCACCGCCCCUAUUUCCUGUUUACGUCACGGCAGCGAUAGUCUUACAUCGAGCCCCGCAAGUGUUCUCUUGUGAUGCAGAUAUGGCGAUGAUGCACUGUCUUCUGUCUAGGUUACCAGAUGACUUACCAUUUGAAGACAUCCUGGUGGUAGCUCAGAAGUUGUAUGAGAAGAAUGAUCCAACUGAUUUGGAAUCUGAAGUUGCCGCUCUUGAGAGGAGAGAAGAGGAGCAACGAAAAGUCGAAGAUGAGCGCAUGCGCCGGCGCAGGGCGGGACGUGUGGUGCCGUCUCCCUCCCUGCCGUAUCGCCUCGCGAGAUACCUCCCCGCGCCCCUCCGCCGCACCCCGCGACGCACGCUCUUGGCCCUCACGGCGGCCAUCUUGGCGGUCUACGUUUACUACAAACCGGAAUUGUUCAGGUUUCGUGAUAGCGAAGAGUGAUUAGAAAUAAAAGUCAAUAUUUGUUUA